UCUACACGUGGCCUCUGAAGGGGUACUUGUAUUACUAUAAGCUUUUCCACACACAUCUCUCUCUCUCUCUCUCUCUCUCUCUUCUUCUCUUCCCUCCUCAAUCCCAGAAACGAAGGGGUAAAAAUCUGCAGAGAGGGCGUAUUACUCAGCAUACUCUCAGCCCUUGUCAGUUCUUGGCCUGUUUAUGGCGCUUCAAUGCGAUUCCUGGUUUACAAGUUUGCUUUUGUUGAUGAAAAAAAGAGGAAUGACGGAAGAGAUGUCGCCUCCUGCUGCAUGUGAAAUUUCUGAAAUUGCAAACCUCAAGGAGAUCGAACGACGCAAUCGAGAGACAGAAACAGCUAACUUGCUGUCAGAUCGAGGGGUCAUGCUGGAUGAUAAUUCUGGGUCUAGUUGGGGUGCUGGUUAUGAUUGUGCUAGCACUGACAAGAAUGAGCUUACCUCAUCAAUGCUGGGGGGAAGUAAAACACAUGAUAUGUCAGGGAGAAGAGAGAUAACUGAAAAUGGUGUAUUGGUUCAUGAAGUACAGGAAAGUGAAGAAGAUGAAAUUCUCUCAGUUGCUGAAGACCCAAGUAGUUUGGAGUUGUUACCCAUAGAUUCUACUUCAGAUUUAAGUGUGCCUUUAGAUACUACUUCAGACGCCAGCUUACCGAUAGCUGUUGAACUUGAGGGUAGUGAGAAUGGUCAAAUAUUUGCAAAGGUCAUUAGUGUGGAGGAAAGAAGUAUAAAACGGAGAUUAUCUGAGGAUAUCCUAAAGGAGGCUGCUAAACCAAAUGAAGAAUGUUCCAGUGGACCUACAAUAAAGGCAUCCAUAGUUGCUGUGAAGUUAUCCAGUGAAAAGGAUUCCAGUAAAGGUGGUGUUAAGAGUGUCUUUGAACUGGACUGUCUGCCACUAUGGGGAUCAGUGUCUAUAUGUGGGAAUAGGCCGGAGAUGGAAGACGCUGUUAUGGCCGCACCUCAUUUCAUGAAAAUUCCGAUUAAGAUGUUUAUUGGUGACCAUGGUAUAGAUGGGAUAAGUCAGAAGUUGAGUCACCUGACUUCGCAUUUCUUUGGGGUUUAUGACGGUCAUGGUGGAUCUCAGGUAGCAAACUACUGUCGCGAUCGUGUCCAUUUGGUUUUGGAAGAGGAGUUAAAGAAUGUUAAAGAUGUUCUGGUGAAUGGAUGUACCAGAGACACACGACAGGUUCAGUGGGAGAAUGUGUUUACCAGAUGCUUUCUAAAGGUUGAUGACGAAGUUGGGGGAAAAGUGAGCAGAGUCAUAAAUACACAUGUGUCUAGUUGCACCUCUGAACCUGUCGCCCCCGAGACUGUUGGAACGACUGCUGUGGUUGCGGUGGUUUCUUCAUCACAUAUUAUAGUUGCCAACUGUGGAGAUUCACGAGCUGUCCUUUAUCGUGGUAAAGAAGCAAUCGCGCUAUCGGUCGAUCAUAAACCUAACCGAGAGGAUGAGUAUGCUAGGAUUGAGGCAUCUGGCGGCAAGGUCAUACAAUGGAAUGGGCACCGUGUUUUUGGUGUUCUCGCGAUGUCAAGGGCUAUUGGCGAUAGAUACUUAAAGCCAUGGAUCAUACCAGAACCUGAGGUCAUGUUUGUGCCUCGUGCCAGAGAAGACGAGUGCCUUGUUCUGGCCAGUGAUGGCUUAUGGGACAUAAUGACAAACGAAGAAGUUUGUGAGGUGGCUAGAAAAAGAAUCUUACUGUGGCACAAAAGGAAUGCGUCGAACCCAUUGGCAGAUAGGGGCCAAGGAGUUGACCCUGCUGCACAAGCAGCAGCCGAUUACCUCUCAAACCUCGCCCUUCAGAAGGGGAGCAAGGAUAAUAUUUCUAUAAUCGUAGUCGACCUGAAAGCCCAAAGGAAGUUCAAGGUCAAAUCUUGAUAUAGUUUUGUACUCUUAUUGUUACAUAACCAGUCCAUUCAUUUUUCAUAUGGGCUUCAAGUGUGUAAGAGAAUAGUUACCGGUAUGUGACAUAGAAACAAGUGGGAUAAUGAGCUGUGUAAGAAUUUUUGCCAAGAACCGCGGCAACUGUAUUCUAUGUAAAUUUGAUAUAUGUUGCGUUAUCAGUAGAUUUGGAUGAAUAAAUACUCAGACUACACAGCUCUUGUUUGCUUA